AAAUAAAUAAGCCCAAAUCUAAAUCUAAAACUAAAACUAACCGCAGCUUAAAGACUUACAAGCCUACUGAUAACUCCAGAUCGAUCGAAACCCAAAAGUGAAUACCGAUUAUCAUAUCAUAAUAAAAAAAAGUGUUUGUGUUACUCUCUUAUAAAUUAAGAAUUCGAAUUCCGUGACUUCUGAAUCGAUAAUCUUCUUCCAUUGUCUUCUUCGCAAAGAUUUGGGAAUUUGGUAGCAUAAAAGCUCUUGAUUUUGACAAUGGCGACUACAGCUUGUUUUAUCAUCGUUAGCAGGAAUGAUAUUCCUAUUUACGAAGCUGAAGUUGGAUCUGCUGCUAAAAGAGAAGAUGCUGCUCAGCUGCAUCAGUUUGUAUUACAUGCUGCUUUGGAUAUCGUUCAGGACCUUGCAUGGACUACUAGUGCCAUGUUUUUGAAGGCAAUAGACCGGUUUAAUGAUCUUGUUGUUUCAGUAUAUGUUACAGCUGGUCAUACACGACUGAUGCUACUUCAUGAUUCCCGGAAUGAUGAUGGCAUAAAGAGCUUUUUCCAAGAGGUUCAUGAACUCUAUAUAAGGAUUCUUCUUAAUCCUCUAUACUUGCCUGGCUCUCGCAUUACAUCGUCACAUUUUGAUACCAAAGUUCGUGCUCUUGCAAGAAAAUAUCUAUAAAGCCCAUUUACUCUGUUUUUUGGCACAAGUAGUUUUGAUCACAUAAUGCACAUUAUUCUGGUUCCUUUGACAGUUUGAGGAAGCAUUUUCCUUGUAGUCUACAAUAUCAAGGCUAUGUUUUCAUAGCUGGUGCUAUCUUUUCUUUACCCUAACAGGAAAUAUGUAGAAAUUUCAUGUUUGAAGUUCAUACUUUUGUACUUCCAGUAAGAAGGCGCAUAUGUUGUAUUUACCUAUUAAUCUUUUGCGAUCAAGUUUCUGUUAAUUUAGUGAAAUGAGUAUGAAUUGAAGGGAA